GCAACUUAUAGUCUAGCUUUAAGGCUAUGUUCAAAGAAUGUUCCAUGCAAGCACCAUUAGACAUUCUUCGCCUGGUUAUUGUACUUCCGAGCUUCAGUAAUGACAUAGUUCCAAUAACGGCAUCUGUUCUCAGAAGAACUGGUUAUCUGAAUAGCUUGGUGAUAAGUACUUCUAAACCAUUUAGAUCGGACCCUAAAUCUACAUUGCAGUCUUCAUCUGGAUUUGAUAUGGGAUACUGGAAAUUGCAAAACCUCACUUUCAUUUACCAGCUGAAGGAUGUGAGCAUAGACCUCUCCAGCGGGUCUAAUGAAAUUGAGUUUGCAAAGUACAUUCUCGAGAAUGCUCCGAAUUUGAAGAAGAUCGUGAUCCGUCAUCAUCCGGGAUCCCAACAAUCAAAUAUCGUGGUAGGGAAGGUGACCAGAUGCAAGAUCAUUUCGAGAGCCAUUAUUCUGAUCCAGGAAAUUCGGUGAUGAAAUAGGAGACUGUUGGAUGAUUGUGAGAGUUUUAGUUUUUUUUUUGUUUGAGCCAUCUGGGUAUUUUGAUGAAGCUAUUUUUUAGCAAGACACUAAAUAGUGGAUCCAGAAACAGAAAAAAUUUCCUUUCGUAAACAACAUUCAGGUUUAGAGGGAUAACACAUUGC